AUGGCAAAGCGGUGUGCAACCGCAGCCCUUGAUUUACAACGCCAGAUAUUCACACAGGCUCAGGUUGUGAGCAUGAUAAAACGUAAAAGGAAAAAGGGUGUUCUCAAUAAAUCCGAGUACAAGGCCGAAAUAAUUAAAAAAGCCAGAGUUUCAGGAAGCUCAUACAUAAGUUGGACUGGAAAAGAAGUACCAGAAAUAACUCCAGGAGAAGAUUGCAAGUGUCGGCGGAAGUGCUUCACAAAAGUGGCAGAUGAAGAACGGAAACGGAUAUUUGAGACCUUUAGAAGUUUGGGGUCUAAAAUGAGCAAGACAACUAUCUACAAUCUUUGA